GUUCGCAAGCAGGCCUCCCGGGACCACAAGCCUCUGCUUGUGGCCAGUGAAAGGCCAGUUGUCGACGAGGCUAAGAUUGAUGGCCUUCUCGAGAAUACUGCAAUGGAGAAGUCGACUGGUGAUGACGACGACUUGCUUGCAGCCCAGGCGAAGGUUCGCAAAGCUCAGAGGGAUGUUGCUGCAGAUGGUCCCCCAUUGAAGCGAUGCAAGACGAAGACUACCCCCAAGAGUAAGGCAAAAACAAAGCCGGGGAAGUCAAGCAAGAAGAAUGAUGGUGCCCCCGCGGGUGACGACCAGGUCAAGGAGAAUGGUGGUGCCCCCACGGGUGACGACCAGGUCAAGGAGAAUGGUGGUGCCCGCGCAGGCGACGACCAGGUCGUCGAGAAUGGUGGUGCCGCUGCAGCAGACGACCAGGUCGAGAAUGGUGGUGCCCCAGCAGUCGAGAAUGGUGGUGCCGCAGCAGUCGAGAAUGGUGGUGCCGCAGCAGUCGAGAAUGGUGGNNAGAAUGGUGGAGUGCCAGCAGACCAGCAGGUCAUCGAGAAUGGUGAUGAGCCAGCUGUCGAGAAUGGUGCUGUCCCCGCUGAGAAUCCCGAGAUGGAAGGGAAUCCACUGGUGGAGGAGAUGAAUAAGCGACAGGCACCCUUGAUGGAGGCCGCAGGUGUUCCCCUGCCGCAAGGCUGCUCUGUGGAGGAACCUUGCAUGAAGAAGAGCUACACGAUCAAGUAUGAGGGCCCUGGCAAGAGCAAGACCUCCUCGAUAGCUGUGCUGUGGGCCAAUGGACAGUUCUACGUGAACAAGGUCAUGGAUGUAGCUGCUGCCGCUGAAGCAAAUGUUAGCAUCAAUAAGAAAUCCGGUGCUACGAUCAAUGCAAGCAAGAAGAAGGGAUGGCUCGCUGGAUUCAUGAUCGCCAAGCGCCUUGCAAACUGGAUUAACUAG